AUGACCAACAACAACAGAAUAGAAGAGCUUAAGAGGCUCUCGCGGGCUGCAGCUCUACGAGCCGAGGAGGAAAAGCGGCAAACUGACGAGGCAAACCGGCAAGCUGACGAGGCAAACCGGCAAGCUGACGAGGCAAACCGGCAAGCUGACGAGGCAAACCGGCAAGCUGACGAGGCAAAGCGGCGGGCUGAUGAAUUGAUGGACCAAACUAGGCCGACAAAUUUGCAGGAAUACAUUGAUGCUUGUCACCACCUCGUCUUUUCCCAACUGGCAUUCGAAACCGACAAAUCACUCACGUCAAAAGGCACCGUCACCGACCCGACCAACAAGUACUGCCCUACGAGCCUCAAGCCAUGGCCUGACCUUGUCGAAGACCAGAGGAUAAUAUAUGACAAGCUUCAAAGUGCUAUCCUGGCCAUUGCACCCUCUUUUGAAACUCGGAUUUUCUUGUCCACACUAGGCGAGAGGGUCUCGAAGCAUCGUAUCGCAAACGAAAGAUUUCUCCAACGUUUUCUUCAAAGUGCUGUCGAGUAUCCCGUCGAGAUGAUUCUCAAACGACUGACAGAGGUGGAACAAGUCAGGAGUAUGUACGAUAUGGGCGAUGGUGUCGUAUUUCAAUACCACCUUCUCGCGUCGAGCGACAACUCACGAGAAGUUUCUGAGGCCGAGAGUCAGUCAGCCCCGCGAACUCCUCACUUGGACCCAGUAUCCGACCAGUCCCGGCCCAACCAGACUUAUAUGUAUCGCUCCGAUGGGGAUCCUACGGCAAUGCCCAACAUGGUCUACGUCUGCGAAAAUACAGCACCGCACAAGCUUACAGCGGCGCACCUACGUGCUGGCUUACAACCAAUGAAUAUCCACAGAGACGUUGUCAAUCGCACAACAAUCCCGACGGAUGCCGAUCCAAACGAGCACUUUCAGUACGAUGCCGAGAGACUAACCGCCGCUGCCCUCACUCACGUCUAUCAUUUUAUGAUUCAUAUCGGCCUUGAGUAUGGCCUGCUGACGACGGGCGAGGCAACAGUCUUCCUCAAGGUGGACUGGAGCGCGCCUAGCACCCUCUACUACCACCUGGUCGAGUUCAACUCCGAGGUUGCUGCCCAUCCGGACAGCUUCCACUUUCGCACGGCCGUCGGACAGCUCCUGACCUUUACGCUGUUGGCUCUUGGGCGGCCGGGCGCGCGCCGUGUCCACGGCCAAGACGAGCGCGACAUGGUCAAGGCUGAUCUAAAGACUUGGGACCAAUGA